GCGGUUUCGACAGGGAAGGUUUUGGUUCAGCUGGUUACUGCAAAUAAAAAAAGACUGUUGCAUAACAACUGGCUGCCUGCCUGUCAGAGCUAGCAUGGAGAAGCCAUGUGACUCUCGCACAUCCCGAUAUAUCAGAGAAAGGCCCCUUUGUGGGGCUUUGUGACAGUCCAGCAAAAAGCGGCACAGUGAUCGCUUUGUUUCCCUCCAGCUGGGCAGUAUGGCCACAGUGACUGAGCAGAACCAGCUGGCCACUUGUGCCCAGCCACGUUCAGCAUCUCCACAGAAGGGUGUACGUUUACAGCCAUGCAAAUGGUUGGCGUCACUUCCUGUGCUCUCUAAAAAGUGGGCUAUACUGGCUGGUCUGAACACCGGUGAGACAAACAAGACUUUGUUGUCUUGGAAGUGGUCUCUAAGGCCAUUUACAUCCUGUUUGUGAACGCAUCUGCAAGUGUCCAAUGAAUAAAUGCCUUUGAGCUGGAUAUGCUUGUACAAGGUUGAAUUUGUUUGGUGUAGCCUUGAAGAUUAACAAAGAACUACAAGAGAAAGACAAAAGUGAACAUAUACAGUGAGGAGGAGGCAAAGAAGUUUGAGGAAAAACACAGAGAGAGGAGGAGAAAGAGGUUGGAGAAUUCAAUGAAGAAAAGAAGGAAGAUAAUGACUAGGGAAAGGAGAGAAUACGACCAGGGCUGCAAAAUGCAGAAGGAUGUGUGGACAAAGCAGGAGGAGGUCUUGGAAAUGUGGAGGAGAAGAGAGAGGGCAGAGGGGGAGAGGAAGAGAGUUGAGCAGGAGCAAGUCUGGAAGAUGGAGAGACGACAGUGUGAGAACAACAGAGGGAUGAUGGUGAAGGAGAGAGCACAUAUGAAGGGGGAGAGAAGGAAAGAAAGAGAGAGACUGGAAAAGCAGAAAAAGCAGCUGGAGGAAGAAUGGAGGAUGGAGAGAGCAAUGUGGCAGAUGGAGAAACACAGUAUGGAGGGGGAUAAGAGGAGGAAGAUAGAGGAGUGGCAAAGGGAGAUGGAGAGCAAGCUGGAAGAGAUGAGAGGCAGGGAUGAGGAAAAACGACACAUGUGGAAAGCAAGAGAGGUGCUGGAUAAAAAGAGGAGCGAGUCAGAGGAAGCGUGGGAAAAGCAGAGAGAAUUGUGGGAGAUGGAGGACGAAAUGACGGCGGAGACGAGGAGGAGGGAGAGGGAGAAGAUGGAGACCCAGAGGAGACAGCGGGAGGCAGCAUGGCGGAUAGAGAAAGAGCUGUGGGAGAGGAAGACGGAGUGCAUGAGGACGGAGAGGAGGACAGAGAGAGUGGCAUGGCAGAAAGAGAGGGAACAGCUGGAGAGGGAGAGGACAGACAGAAGAGAAAAAGUAAAUUAAAAGACUGAGGUCAAACGAAAAGUGUAUAUAAAUAGAAAAAGCAAAGAGGUGUAUGAAGCAGAAGAGGUCACAGGUCACGGGUUCUACCUUUCAGAAGAAACACAGGCAGGGACAUGUUGAACCAUGUAUUAAUUUCAGACAUUUUAUGUUAAUUUCUCUUAAUUACGCAAUAGGAAUGUACAAACAGGGGCCAAAAAUGCAGAUCAGAUUAUCAGAAACAUCAAGAACUGGGCCUUUAUUUGAAUAAAAUAUUUUACU